AAUGCCCAAACCAAAACUAAAUAUUUUCCAACAAACUGAUGUGAAAACCAUGUAUUACAAUCAUGUGUUCCAAAAAUGCCAAUGGGUCUAUAAGUUAAACAUUACAUACCCAUAAGUAUAUCAAAAGUACCAAUGCCUAGCACCUGUGGCAUUGGCACCUCACCUCUCCUUAAGACAUCAAUAUAUUGUUAACACCGGCAACUUCAUUUAAGAUGAUUCUGUGUUGCAACUUACGUCCAUUCAUAAGGAGAGUCUAGUGGACGUUCUUGUCAGAGUGAAUUAGCCAUUCAUUAAACAUCCCAUUAGAGAUUGUAUUUUUCAAAAUGAACUAUAAAUUUAGUUUCUCACCUCUAACAACAAAACUUUUUUAUACACCGGCACUUGGAAUGUCCACGACUUUGCCCACUGCAACUGUUUUUCCUGUAGACACAGCCAAAGUAAUCCAAAUUACACAUGGCAUGCCGAGAGUAAUUCAUGAAUAAUGAAAAUGCAGUCACAUACCUUCAGUUCAAAGAGUAAACCUUCCAAGUUGUGCAAAAUCCGAGAAUCUCUCAACACAAAUCAAGUUGUUCACCAGAGAGGCAGAGACAAUAUUGCCAAGAAGAUAUAAUUCAUAGAGCAAAUUUCAAACACAGAGAAAUGUUUCAAAUAUAAUUGGGCUAGUCUCUACUUCAAAGCAAAACUUCUUUCUCUGUUAAAAAUAAACCGCCAGUGAAAAGCAUUUGACAAAAUGUAAUAUUGGUUAGAGAUUCCAACCACUUAAGACCUUUGAAAGCUUGGAAGGUGCAUAAAUAACAGAGCAAUGCUACACCUUUUAUAUACAAAGAAAUUAUAGCAGUCCCACAAUUAUCAAGCAGGAGGAUGAUAGCAUGUUGAGUGGAAAACAUUCAUAAUUCUAGAUAAUUCCAAGUGUCAGAAAAUAGACACUUAGGAAUUUCCAAAAGAGUGAAAAGGCAAGAAGUAAACCUGAAUGUGGCAAACAACAACAGCACUAUUCUUAACAAAUAGAACUUUCUUUUUCUUGGGUUUCUUUGUCUUGGGAUCAAUUUGUUGUAGCAACUCAACAAUCUCGCAUUCCUCAACAACAGAAUGAAUAUGCAAGACAGCUUUAUACCCAGCCGUGAAUGUUGCCUAAUAGCAGAGACAGUCCAAACCAUUAGAUGCAAAGUUAAUCAUAUGAACUAAGAGAUUACACAUGAGAGGACUUCAUAAAGUGGAUUCAUUCAU